AUGGCAGUUGUCGACGCCAAUUAUAAAUUUUUAGCUGUUGAUAUUGGUGCAUACGGCAAAGGCUCAGAUUCAUUAGUAUUUCAAGAUAGUAAUUUUGGUCAAAGACUUCAACGUGAUGAACUAGACCUACCACAAGCAUCCAUCAUUGAUGGUUACAAUGGGCCCGUUUUUCCAUAUGUGUUUUUAGCCGACGAAGCUUUUCCUUUAUCUGACCGAAUAAUGAGACCAUAUGGUGGUCAUAAUUUAUCUGUACACCAGCGUAUUUAUAAUUACCGGUUAAGUAGGGGUAGACGUUUUGUUGAAUGUGCAUUUGGCAUAUUAGCCAACAAAUGGCGAUUAUUCCAUACGCCAAUCACAUUGGAACCAGAAAACGUUACACACGUGGUUAAAGCCGCAUGUGUUCUACAUAAUUUUAUAAGGGUACGUGAUGGUGUACAUUUUGAAGAUGCAACAUCAUAUCAAGAUUUCCAUGAUGUGGAGUUUAUAAAUGGUACACAGAGACAUGGAAGAACAGUCCGCGAUAAUUUCGCAACAUAUUUUAUGAGCCCUGAAGGGGAACUUCCAUGGCAAAUGUCAAAAAUUUAA